AUGAAGAGUUUUUUCCUAGUUGUGAAUAUCCUGGCAUUAACUUUGCCUUUUUUGGGUGCAGAGGUGCAAAACCAGGAACAACCAACAUGCCGUAAGAAUGAUGAAAGGUUUUUCGAUCUGAAAACAGUCAAAUAUAUCCCAAUUUAUUAUGUGCUGAAUAGCUCUCCUCGUUAUGAACCCAUCUACUACCAACAUAGACUAGCUGUACUAAUUAAUAAUCAACAUAUGCCUUACCAAUAUUAUGCAAGACCAGCUGCAGUUAGGCCACAUGUCCAAAUUCCUCAAUGGCAAGUCCUGCCAAAUAUCUACCCAUCCACUGUGGUACGUCAUCCACGCCCGCAUCCAUCAUUUAUUGCCAUUCCUCCAAAGAAACUUCAGGAGAAAACAGUCAUCCCUAAGAUCAAUACUAUUGCUACUGUUGAGCCUACACCUAUUCCUACCCCUGAACCAACAGUGAACAAUGCAGUCAUUCCAGACGCCUCCUCAGAAUUCAUCAUCGCCAGCACACCUGAGACUACCACAGUUCCAGUUACUUCACCUGUGGUCUAA